AUUGUUGGCAUCAUUGGAAUAGUUACUAACAUCAUAAACAUGCUGGUACUGUUUCGUCAUGGAAUGGAUGAUUCUACAAACAUUGUCCUCUUUGGUCUAUCAGCAUCUGACUUGGUAUAUUCAUUCUGUGAAACAUAUGGUAGAUUAAUUGGCAUUACUAUAAGAGUUGAUUUAUUUUUAGCUCGCACACUUUCACCAGUUUACGUUGUUUGUUUGAUGUUUAUCGGUACAUUUGGUAUGGUGACAAGCGUUUGGCUUGUGUCACUUAUCUCUAUUGAGAGAAUGAUUGCUGUUUGUUUUCCAUUUCAUGUUUCAAGACUCAUGUCUCCCAUUAGAAUGAGGUCCAUGGUUGUGUUUGUAUUUACGUUUGUUGCGCUCCUCUACAGUCCUUCAUGUUGCGUAUAUUAUUUGGACUGGUCUUUCGACCCAAGAUAUAACAGAACUUUAUUAACCUAUUUUGAAAGGAAAGAAUUUAAUGAUAACAUAUGGUGGAUAUUUAUCAUACUUCUAUACAUUUUUCCAGCCUUUGCAUCUAGUGUGCCCAUGAUUAUUAUACUAGUUUGUACAUUGGCAACAAUUUUAAAACUGAUAAGGGCAAACAAGAAUGUCGGCAACAGUUCAUCAUCUAGAGCAAAGCGAGUCAAGGAAAUGAGAUCGAUAAAAAUAUCGCUAAUUAUUUGCGGUUGCAUGGCUUUUUCGAUAUUGAUACCGAAUGCCUUCCUUGAUGCUUUUUACAUACCGGAAGACUUAUUUCGAUUAAUAAGAGCAUUCGCUCAACUAGCUGUCCAAAUCAACGCUACAAUGAAUUUCUUUAUAUAUGUAGCGUUGAGUUCAAAAUUCAAAUCCACAUGUUUAAAUUUAAUUCAAUGCGAUAAAUAA